AUGCGUGGUGUAGUCCGCUUUGGUGCCAAAGGAAAGUUGAGCCCAAGGUUUAUUGGUCUAUAUGAAGUUAAGGAACGCAUUAGGAAGAUGGCAUAUCGCUUAGCUCUUCCUAAUUCGUUGGAUAAAGUCCACGUUCAUGUCUCACAACUUAAACGGUAUUUUGCUGCGUCAUCUCAUGUGUUGGACCCUGAACCUUUCGAACUAGAAACCAACCUGUCUUAUGAGGAACAACCUAUUCGUAUUUUGGAUACAAAAGUUCGUAGUACCAGACGGAAGGAUGUUACCAUGGUUAAGGUCUUGUGGGCGAAUCACGAAAGGGAGGUAGCCACAUGGGAAACCGAGUCUGCUAUGCGAGAAAAGUAUAAAGACAACAACCAAUACUUAAUAAGAGUAAAAACGUCAAAAUGGUGA